CGCUGCUGCGAGCGCCGCGAAGACCGAGCGGGCGCGCACUGAUUGGAGGCGCGGGGCAGGCGCGCGCGCUACGGCGGCCGGCAGGAGGCGGUGGCGGCUGUUGGCCAAGGGUCCGGAGGCGGGGCCGCAAGCCUCGGGCGCUGUGAGCCCGGCGGGCCACGACUCGGCCGCGGCAGGGUGCAGGCAGAGGCCAUGGGCGACCGCAGCGGCGCGGGCGGCUCCCGGCGCCGGAGGACGGGGUCGCGGCCCUCCAGCCAGAGCGGCAGCGGGUUCGCGGCCGCAGAAGAGGAGGUGCGGGACGUAGGCGCCGGGGGGGACGCACCGACCCCGGACAAGGACAAGGACGGACACGACGAUGUGAGCAGCGGCCACUGGGAUCUGAGGUGCCACCGCCUGCAGGAUUCUUUGUUCAGUUCAGACAGCGGUUUCAGCAACUACCGUGGCAUCCUGAACUGGUGUGUGGUCAUGCUGGUCUUGAGCAAUGCACGGCUGUUUCUGGAGAACCUCAUCAAGUACGGCAUCCUGGUAGACCCCAUCCAGGUGGUGUCUCUGUUCCUGAAGGACCCCUAUAGCUGGCCUGCCCUGUGCCUGGUUAUUGUGGCCAACGUCUUUGCUGUGACUGCGUUCCAGGUGGAGAAGCGCCUGGCCGUGGGUGCCCUGACCGAGCAGGCGGGGCUGCUGCUCCACGUGGCCAACCUGGCCACCAUCCUCUGCUUCCCAGCGGCCGUGGCUUUCCUGCUGGAGUCCAUCACUCCAGUGGGCUCCCUGCUGGCUCUGAUGGUCUACGCCGUCCUCUUCCUCAAGCUGUUCUCCUACCGGGACGUCAACCUGUGGUGCCGAGAGCGCAGGGCUACUGCCAAGGCCAAGGCCGCUUCUGCAGGUAAGAAGGCCAACGGGGGCGCCGCCCAGCACAGCGUGAGCUACCCCGACAACCUGACCUACCGCGAUCUCUACUACUUCCUCCUGGCCCCGACUCUGUGCUACGAGCUCAACUUUCCCCGCUCCCCGCGCAUCCGAAAGCGCUUCCUGCUGCGGCGGCUCCUGGAGAUGCUGUUCCUCAUCCAGCUGCAGGUGGGGCUGAUCCAGCAGUGGAUGGUCCCCACCAUCCAGAACUCCAUGAAGCCCUUCAAGGACAUGGACUACUCACGCAUCAUCGAGCGCCUCCUGAAGCUGGCGGUGCCCAACCACCUCAUCUGGCUCAUCUUCUUCUACUGGCUCUUCCACUCCUGCCUGAACGCUGUGGCUGAGCUCCUGCAGUUUGGAGACCGGGAGUUCUACCGGGACUGGUGGAACUCGGAGUCUGUCACCUACUUCUGGCAGAACUGGAACAUCCCUGUACACAAGUGGUGCCUCAGACACUUCUACAAGCCCAUGCUGCGGCGGGGCAGCAGCAAGUGGGUAGCCAGGAUGGGGGUGUUCCUGGCUUCAGCCUUCUUCCACGAGUACCUGGUGAGCAUCCCUCUGCGCAUGUUCCGCCUCUGGGCCUUCACGGGCAUGAUGGCUCAGAUCCCGCUGGCUUGGAUAGUGGGCCGCUUCUUCCGUGGCAACUACGGCAACGCGGCUGUGUGGCUGUCGCUCAUCAUCGGGCAGCCGGUGGCCGUGCUCAUGUACGUCCACGACUACUACGUGCUCCACCACGAGGCCCCGACGGCGGGGGCCUGAGCCGCUCCGGGCUGGCCCUCUGCACUGCCUGCGCUCCUCACUGCCUGCAGCCAGCGCCCCGAGUCCCGAGCUGGGGAGGGGCCUGGCUGGUCCAUGCUGCCUCCUGGCCCUCAGGAGGCCUCUCCGCCCCUAUGGGGCUCCCUCCUGCUCUCAGGAUGGCAGGCAGGCACAGGCCUCUGCCAGUGGGAGGUGCUGGUGCUCUGGAAACGCUGCCCAUCUGCCCGCGGGUCCAAAGGUGUCAAUAAAGUGCUGUCCACGGCGA